CUUUUUUCAUUAUUGAAACUAUAGUGAAUGUCUUGUAUGUUGACGUGUUGAGGGGGAACUGCUCAUUAAGAUUGUGCAAUUUUAUUUCUGUUAUUUUUAUCAAAGGAACCGGAUUAAUUAAAUGACUCAAAAUCAAUGAUUCGUUCAUUCGAGAUUCAAAGAACCGAUACACUAAAAAAAAUGAUGCGAUCUUCUCACUCCUAUUGGCUUGGCGCUGAUCCGUGAGCGAUUAUCUGAGCCUGGCGAUCACGCGAUUGCUAAUGCCUGGCGUCACGUGAUCUCAAGCUCAGCCAAAAUGGCGGACGAAGAUGCGAGCAGUGAAGUUCAAAACAACGCUGUGGAAGACGGUGAAACAGACAGGACUGCGGGGGAAGGCGACACCGCGGUGGGCGAAACGGCUGGAGAAAGGAAGGAGAAAGCCGUUGAUAGCUCGUGGUCGGCGCCUAUUUUGUCGUUUGCCCGAAAAGCGUCCGAAACUAUAAGCAGCGCUGCUUUGAGGAACCCCUUAUCCGUGUCUGAGGCUCUUAACCCGGACACUUCUGACUCCAUAAAACCAGGUAUGAAGGAUCCGGUGUCUGUCGAGCGGUCCAAUCUGUUAUCCAUGAUGAAGCUCAGUAUAAAAGCUCUGAUCCAGUCCUCUCUCAGCCUGGGUCGGACGCUCGACUCCGAUUAUCCUCCUCUGCAGCAGUUCUUCGUCGUACUGGAACACUGCCUUAAACACGGACUGAAAACGAAGAAGUCGUUCAUUGGGCAGAAUAAAUCGAUCUGGGCUCCUCUGGAGCUGGUGGAGAAGCUGUGCCCCGAGUCUGCAGACCUCGCCACGAGCGUACGAGACAUGCCUGGACUCAAGACAGGACUGGGCCGAGCUCGAGCCUGGCUACAUUUGGCUCUAAUGCAGAAGAAAGUGGCGGAUUACUUGAAAGUUCUCAUAAACAGGAAAGACCUUCUGGGGGAGUUUUACGAGCCGGGAGCUUUAAUAACGGAGGAAGAAGGAGCUGUGGUUGUGGGCAUGCUGGUGGGGCUGAACGUCAUCGAUGCCAAUCUGUGUGUGAAAGGGGAAGACCUGGAUUCUCAGGUGGGUGUCAUUGAUUUCUCACUAUACCUAAAGGACCCUCAGACAACCGAGAACCCACAAGAUGACACUAAAAUGACAGCGAUUCUGGAUCAGAAGCACUACAUUGAGGAACUGAAUCGCCAUCUGAGCGGCACAGUGACGGACCUCCAGUCCAAGAUGGACUCUUUGGAGAAAACCAACUCUAAACUAAUAGAGGAGCUCUCAGCAGCUACGGACCGCAUCAAUUCUCUGCGGGAGGAGCAGCAGCAGCUUCAGCAGGAAAACGCCACCAUCCUCCAGAGCAGCCAGAGAAAAGAAGAGGUGACUCUGCAGGACAGCCAGGUAGAGCUGGAGACCUACAAGCAGACGCGGCAAGGUCUGGAUGAAAUGUAUAAUGUAGUGUGGAAGCAAUACAAGGAGGAGAAGCGCAUUCGGCAGGAGCUGCAGAAGGAGCUGGAUCUGCAGAUGGGGCUGAAGCAGGAGAUGGAAGUGGCCAUGAAGCUGCUAGAGAAGGAUAUUCAUGAGAAGCAUGACACACUGGCGGCUCUGCGACAACAACUGGACCAGGUCAAAACUCUCAACCUGCAGAUGUUUAACAAGGCGCAGGAUGCUGGCAGCAUGGUGCAGAGAAAAGAAGAGGAGGCUGAGAGACUGGAGGAGAAGAUAAAACAGAUGGAAACAGCAAUGAAACAGCUGGAACUGAGGUUACAGAACGCCGAGAACGGAAGGAAGAGCAGGGAGGAGAGUCAGAAAUCGAUGUGCUCAGAUAUGAAAGGGAAAGUGGACGCGCUGCAAAAGCGUCUCGCCGAGCUCGACACGCUGAGGGCGGGGCUGGAGGCGGAGCUAAGCAGGGAGAAGGAGCAGAGGCAAAGUUUGCAGAGAGAUCUACAGCGUGAGCAGGACAACAGCACAGAACUGCGCACACAGCUGCAACAGCUGCAAGGCCUUCAGAUGGAAAUGCUGGACCUGCGGCAGGAGAAGAAACAGCUGCAGCAGCUGUGCGAGGAGCAGGAGCAGGCACUGCAGGAGAUGGGCCUUCACCUCAGCCAGUCCAAACUGAAGAUGGAGGACUUUAAAGAGGUCAAUAAAGCAUUAAAGGGUCACGCCUGGCUGAAAGACGACGAAGCCACGCAGUGUAAGCAGUGCCUGAAGGAAUUCUCCAUCGCCCGCAGAAAACACCACUGUAGGAACUGUGGAGACAUUUACUGCAGCAGCUGUUCCAGUAACGAGCUAGCGCUGCCGUCGUACCCCAGACCGGUGCGCGUCUGCGACGUCUGUCAUUCCCUCCUGCUUCAGAGAAGCUCCAGCAGCUCCUGACGAACGUGACCAACCGCAGGCUGAGACCACGAGGCUGAUCAGAUUCAUAAAUAUGCAUCGCCGUUUUUUUUUAAGGGGCUUCUGUUUGUCUGAAACCUUUUUAGCUCGCAUGCGAUACAUUUGGAUAAUUAUAUGCAAAGUCAUUUUUGUAAUUUCUUCUACAGGGACAAUGAAAUUCUUUUUUUAAGAGGACUAAUACAAUGUAAUGCAUAAUGAUACUAAUAGUAAUAUAUACGAUUUGCUGAUUUUUCUCCAUUUAAGAGAGAAAGACUUUGACAACUUUUUCUUCUAUCGUGUGCCCUUUUAUAAGCGUGAUUAUCGGGAGAUCGUCUUUUUCUUUUCUUUUUUUAAAGUGCUUUUCUUAAAGCUGUGUUGUGUAAGAUCGAACUACUGCCUGCCCAAGUGCAAUAUUAUUACAAAUAAAUAAACUAAUUUAAACGUAAA